CACUUAUUUGUUUCCAUUAAUUUAUCACUCUCUUCCUCUCUUAUUCUCCUGACUUCCUCCAUAAACAAACACCAAAUACUUGUCUCUGCUGCAUUUUUCCAUAUAUUUCUUGAGAGAGAGAGAGAGGCUUUUGCUGCUGCAUUGACAACAUAAUCUGCCAACAAAUUUGAAGCAAUAAGGUAAAUUAGGGUUUUUUUCCCCCUUAAAUAAGAUGCUGGAAAAGGCUAAAUCGGUGUUGCUGUCGAACUUCAUGAUUAUACGGUGGUUCAAGAUUCUGGCGAUAUCAACUUACCUAGGAAUAUUGAUUGUUUGGGGAAACGAUGGUCUCACCAUUAACACUUUCUACAACAAUCUCACUGUAUCAGAGCUGCCCCAAUCCCAUAAAGAUUCAAACUUUACCAACAUUUCAGCUGAUCCACACACAACCCUUCAAACUUUACCAAAACCCAUCAAAAAUCUUGAAACUUUCUCUUGGAUUUCUGCCGAGUUUGAGGCGAACUACACAUCCAACCUUCUUGCAAGGUGGUUAGCUCCCGGUGGCGAGCCUUGCAAGGAUUCAAGAACUGUGGGAAUCAAGAUUCCUAAUUUAGAUGGUGAUGGGGAAAUCCAUCUCUCGAGUGGUGAUGUCCAUGAGUUUGUGUUCCACACAUUGGAUCAUCUAGGGUUGCCACAUUGCUUGGGGGGUGACUAUUUCGAGACCGAUCUUUCGGGUGAGAGAUGGAAGGCUAGGCCUCCAAUCAAGGAUUUGGGAAAUGGUAGCUACUCAUUUUCCCUUCAAGUUCACCCUGAUUUUGCAGGGGACUACAAUUUGACCAUCAUCCUCUUGUUUAGGCACUAUGAGGGUUUGAAGUUCUCACCCGAGAGAUUCGCGUUUGAUAAGGUUCUUCGCGUGGUUCCAAUCAGGUUCUUGAGCUCUGCAGCUCAGUUGCCUGAGAUAGGGCAAUGCAGGGGGGCUGAUUAUGUUAGGGGUGUGUGGUCUGGUCGUUGGAUUCGACAUGGUGGGAACGAUAGCUGUGUGAUUAGCCGGGAUGGGAGGUAUAGGUGCCUAGAGUCGAGUUCUUCAUGCCACAGGCCAUGGUGUGAUGGCUCAUUAGGGCUGCUAGAGAGCAAUGGUUGGGUGUAUUCAGCUCAUUGCUCGUUUAAGUUGUUUGGUGGUGAGGAUGCUUGGAGUUGUUUGAACAAGCGUUGGAUCUUCUGGUGGGGGGAUUCCAACCAUUGUGAUACGAUCAGGAACAUCCUCAACUUCGUGUUGGGCGUUGAUGUUGCCUCCGUGGCUCGUGUGUUUGAUCAGAACAUCACCAAUCCGAGGGAUCCGUCCCAGGUGGUGAGGUUCACGAGCAUCUUCAACGGGCAUCACAACCACACUCAGAACUACGAGGGGUUGGGCUCGUUGAUGGAUGCAGGGUAUAGGGAGGCGUUGGAGGGCUACUUCUCUCGAGAUGUAGUCCCGGACACUGUGAUCAUGAACUCCGGCCUACACGAUGGCGUGCACUGGCCGAACCUCAGGCAGUUUGCCCGAGGGGCAGAGUAUGCUGCUCUGUUUUGGGCAGGGGUGAAGGAGGGGGUGCGGGGGAGAGGGGUGGCCCCGCCUGAGGUCGUGUAUAGGACCACCGUGGCAACGGGGGGCUAUGCUCGGAGGAUGGCCUUCAACCCUCACAAGAUGGAGGCCUUCAAUGGUGUGGUGUUGGAGAAGCUGAGGCGGCACGAGGUGCUCGAUAGGGUGAUCGAUGAUUUUGACCUGACCUAUCCGUGGCACUACGACAACCGGUGCAACGACGGGGUCCACUACGGCCGCGCCCCGCGCAAGGGGAGGUGGAGGGAUGGCCUCAUUGGGCACCAAUACUUUGUUGACCUAAUGCUUGGCCAUGUCUUGAUCAAUGCACUAUGUGUGAGGUGAAUUUGCACAUAAUUUGUGCAUUGUUUUGUAUUUGUUCAUUUUUGAAUCAUCAGUUAUAGUGUAUAUCAUAGAGUUGAAGGAGUGUUAGUAUUUAGUAAAUUUUGAAUUAUGUUCUAUAAAUUUAUGAAAUUCUUGACUAUUUUGGGGAAGAAGAUGCUUUUGUUGACCAGUUUGUGGAAUUUUGAUUGUGUUUGAAGGUUUUUU